UCACGGUUAUGAAGCAUUGAGUGUAUUCAGGGAAAUGCAAUUUUGUGGUUCCGAACCUAAUGUUGUCACCCUUGUGUCCGUUCUUUCAGGCUGUGCUACUAUUGCAGCAUUAAUUCUGGGGAAGGAAAUUCACGGUUAUGCCAUCAAAAGUGUUUUGAACUAUGAUUGGGAUGAUCCAGGAGAAGACCUCAUGGUGAUUAAUGGUCUAAUUGACAUGUACGCGAAGUGCAAAAGUACAAACGUAGCUUGAUUCAUGUUUGAUUUGGUUGUACCAAGUAAUAGGAAUGUUGUGACUUGGACUGUCAUGAUUGGUGGAUAUGCGCAGCAUGGAGAAGCUAAUGAUGCACUGAAGCUUUUCCCUGAAAUGCUCCAAGAUGCCAUUCAGGAAUGGUUGAUCAGGGAAUCAGAUUCUUUGAAAGCAUGCAUAGCGAGUACGAUGUUAUCUCUGGAUUGGAACAUUAUGCUUGUAUGGUUGAUCUCUUAGGCCGUGCUGGUCGGUUUGAUCAAGCUCUGAAACUUAUUAAAGACAUGCCCAUGGAGCCAACUGCAAUUGUAUGGAUUGCAUUACUUAGUGGUUGUAGGAUCCACGGAAAUGUGGAAUUUGGGGAAUAUGCUGCAGCCAAGCUUCGGGAACUUGGUUCAGAGAACGAUGGGUCAUAUACAUUGCUUUCAAACAUAUAUGCUAAUGCUAGGUGUUGGAG